AUGGCAGGCGAUCAUUGUCGUCACCAUCCACAGGUGAAGAUCCUCGGGUCGAAGGCGAGCAUCUUCUGCAUGAGGGUCGAGUGGGCCCUUAAGCUCAAGGGCGUGGAGUAUGAGUACACCGAAGAGAACCUCAUGAACAAGAGUGAGCUGCUCCUGAAGUCGAACCCGGUCCACAAGAAGGUCCCUGUGCUGCUUCACGGUGAGACUGCGGUCUCCGAGUCCUUGGUCAUACUCGAGUGUAUUGAUGAAACGUGGAGUGAGGAGGCCUGCCCUCGUCUCCUCCCGAUUGAGCCCUAUGAGAGGGCUCAGGCCCGUUUCUGGGCAAAGUUUCUCGACGAAAAGGUCAUUUUCGGGACUUGGGAUGCGUGCAAGGCAGAAGGGGAGGAGAAGGAGAAGGCGAUAGAGGUUGCUCUCAAGUCCCUUGCACUUGUUGAGGAACAUAUCAUGGGGAAAAAGUUCUUCGGAGGAGAGCAGAUCGGGUACCUGGACCUUGUCGCAGGGUGGCUUCCGCUGUGGCUUGGAGUCAUGGAGGAAGUCGGAGGCAUGAAGCUGCUCCAUCCUGGGCAGUUCCCCUCACUCCACGAGUGGACUCGGAAAUUUGCCGAUGUCACUGUCAUCAAGGAGUCCCUUCCUCCAAGAGAGGAAAUAGUAAACCACCUGAGCGGAGGCCUUCGCUACCUGCGAUCCUUAGCGGCUAACAAGCCUUGACUCAACAACGUUAAGUUGGUUUUUAUGUUCCAGAUUUUCCAGGAAAACAGUUUCCUAAAUAAUUCAGUUA